AUGCAAAAGACUAUUGAUGAGGCUAAAAGAAUCGGUGCAUUCUAUAAGUUUAAUACAUUUUCACAAAAACAAAAUAAUCUUACAAAUAAUUUACGUUGGUUUUUUGUUCUAGACUUUGAAUCUACAUGUUUUGAAGGUGAUAGUAAACAGCCUGCUGAAAUCAUUGAAUUUCCUGUUGUUGUAUUAGAUUCAGUUACUGGUACAUUGAUAGAUUCAUUUCAAAGUUUUGUGAAACCAACAGAAAAUCCAGAACUAAGUGUAUUCUGUUCUAAUUUAACCAGUAUUCAACAACGUGAUAUAGAAAAUGCGCCUAAUUUAGCAGUUGUUUUAAAGAAAUUCGAGCAUUGGCUUCGAAAAACCAAAGAAACUUUAGGAUGUUCAUUUAAAGGUCAAGCAACAACAACAGCUAUAUUCGUAACAUGGACUGACUGGGAUAUAAGUACCUGUUUAUGGGAUGAAUGUAGACGCAAGAAACUCCCACUUCCAGGCGAUAUGUUGAAUCGUAUCGAUUUAAAGGCAGUAUUUCAACAAUGGCUUGGUUCUCAUAAAGUUGGACAAAAAUGGCGAGGUGGUUUAAAAGAUGCACUUGAUUUAGUUGGAUUACACUUCAAAGGUCGAGCACACAGAGGAAUUGAUGAUGCUAAAAAUACAGCUCGACUACUAAAUCAUCUCCUUUCAAAAAAUAUUCUCAAUCUGACGAAUCCAUAA